GAUGCCUCAAACCACAGAUAGUACCAAACCCUAUAUAUUCUGUUUUUUCCUAUAUACAUGUCUAUGAUAAAGUUUAAAACAACAAUAAUAAAAUAGAACAAUUGUAACAAUAUAUUUUGAAAAGUUAUGUGAAUGUGGCCUGUCCAAAUAUAUUUUCCUGCACUCACUAUUUUUGUGAUAAUGUAAGAUAAAAUGUCUGUAUGAUGAGAUGAAGUGAGGUGAAUGACAUAGGCAUUGGGAUGUAGCGUUAGGCUACCAUUGACCUUCUGACAGUAGGUCAGAAUGAGGGUCAUCUGCUUCCAGACUGCCGUCAAGUUUAGAAAGUGAAACUGCAGGUGAGGGGGUAGUACUGUAAUGAGUAUUUGUCAUUGUAAUUGAAGAAAAUUUAAAAACAAGAAUUCAUUUAUAAGACCUACUCAUAAAGUCCGUAUUUAAUGUAUUUCAGCCAAUAGAAACGUAUUUUAAUAGAAGAAUGGAUUCAAGGGGGCGCCUGGGUGGCACAGUCAUUAAGCAUCUGCCUUCGGCUCGGGUCAUGAUCCCAGUGUCCUGGGAUCGAGCCCCGCAUCGGGCUCCCUGCUCCGUGGGAAGCCUGCUUCUCCCUCUCCCUCUGUCCCUGCUUGUGUUCCCUCUCUCGCUGUGUUUCUCUGUCAAAUAAAUAAAUUAAAAAAUCUUAAAAAAAAAAAAAAAAAGAAAGAAAAGAAGAAUGGAUUCAAGGAAUCAUGGUGAAAAUUCUGGGCACUUUAUUUCAGUUAACUGAUACAUAUUUUGUUAAUAAAAUAAGAUGACUCUGAGAAAACUGUAAGAUAUGUCUUUGAAAAACUGACUCUAGAAGUUUGGUGAAUAGACAAUUACGUGUACUUCAGUUGAAUAUUUGAACUUCAAAAGCUACUGGUGACUGCUUACAUUGUUUUGAAAUCAAUGAUCUCAGUAUCAUACAGUCUUACAGCUUUCAUGGACUUUGUGUUCGUCUGUCUUUUCACAUCGGGCUGUCACAGGAGCAGGGUUCCAGUGACCUCCUGAGUGAAUGAACUGCAAUGAUUGGAUGCCUCCAAGUAGUUAAGAUAUGGAAAGAAAGGAAACAUGGCUCCUCAGCAAGAGGAAUAAGAAGACAGUGAGAAGACUGAUCUUACAUUACCUUUUUAGGAAAAAAAAAAGUGGGGGAUGCAGUUUUUAAUAUAAUCAAAUGUAAUGGUGGUGAGAUAUUUUGACAAUCUACUGAGUAGUUAAAAAUGAGUGUGACUUCAGAAAAGUGUAUGCUAUUGCCCAGGACACCAGAAUUAGGACAUCACUCUCUGAAUACAAUUUUAUUUGAUGAAGAAAUAAACACUUCCCUAUGUAUCUUUCAGGGUUUAUUUCAUUUUAUUUCCAAAGUAGAGCAUGAAUCCUUCUCAAUCUUGAAAUUGAAUGUUUAAAAUUUAAUAUGCGUAACAGGAUUCUCAACUCUCUAAGUUUUUUUUUUUUAAUUCCACUUGUAUUCAUUUUUAAAGGGACUUUCAAAAUUGUCACUAUUAUGCUAUCUAUUAAUGUUGUUUUAACAUCUUUCAGAAAUAAUUGGCAAUAAGACCUCUGUAGCCAUGGCUAGUUCUGACAUGAAACCAAAAUCAAUAAGUCGUGCCAAAAAAUGGUCAGAAGAGAUAGAAAAUCUGUACAGAUUUCAGCAAGCAGGAUAUCGGGAUGAAAUUGAAUAUAAACAAGUGAAACAAGUUUCUAUGGUAGAUCGUUGGCCAGAGACGGGAUACGUGAAGAAACUCCAGAGAAGGGACAAUACUUUCUAUUACUACAACAAACAGAGGGAGUGUGAUGACAAGGAAGUCCACAAAGUAAAAAUUUAUGCUUACUAGUCUUUGUUCUUUGUGUUGUCAUUACUUAAGACUUCAUUGCUUCAUUCUACAUCAUGUAAAUGUCAUUUUACAAAAUAAUUCAAAAUGCAGACUUCAGCUGAAUACUGUGAAACACAAAAGCCAUGAAACCAUGAAACCAUCCUGUUCUGUUCUAAAAUAUAAUUGCAGAAGCAUUAAAGGUGUAUC